AUGGUGGGAGUCUCGAUGGCGUCUGUCGGCACGGCUAGUGCUGGGCUUCGGCUCGUGGGCGAUGCCCGCGUCCAUGCUCCGGAGCCGCUGCAGCUGCCUCUGCUCACGCUCGGCGUGCUCGGUGCACAGACGGUGUGGUCGAUGGACAUGGCGUUUGCACCACCGUAUCUGCUCGACCUUGGGCUCUCCAAAUCGGCCAUGGCGGCCGUGUUUGUCGCGGGACCGCUGUCGGGCCUCAUCGUGCAGCCGCUCAUCGGCAGCCUGGCGGACAACAGCACGUCGCGCUUUGGAAGGCGUCGGCCGUUCCUGGCUGCAUCCACGCUCAUCUGCGCAGCGAGCAUCCUGCUGCUCGGCUUUGCAAGAGAAGUGGCGGGCUGGUUCACCACGCACGAGUCGGACGCCCAUCGCAGCCUCGCCAUCCUCAUGGGCGUGCUGGCAGUAUACCUCGUCGACUUUUCGGUGAAUGCAGUCACGGCGCUCGACCGCGCACUCAUGGUCGACGUCGCCGCCACGGAAGACCAGGCUGAAGCCAAUGCCUGGGCGGCACGCCUCUGCGGCGUCGGAUCCGUGCUGAGCUUCCUCAUCGGCAACCUGGAUCUGCCCAGUGUGUCCCCUACGUUUCUGGGCAAGACGCAGAUCCAGAUCAUCUCGGUGCUCGUCAGCGCCAUCCUUGUCGCCACACAUGCGCUUGUGGUGUUUCGCGUCGAAGAGCAGGUGCUCGUUCCGUCGCGUACACGCGGCUCAUCCGCGAAACAAAAGGCUUCGGGAGCCGCAGCCGUGUUUGCGGACCUCUACACCCAGGCGCGCAGCCUUCCGCAGCCGAUCGUCGAGAUCUUCAAGAUCCAGUUCUUCGCCCAGAUCGGCUGGUUCCCCAUCCUCUUCUACAGCACCGUGUGGGUGGGCGAGAUCUACAAGGCGGACGUGCGCAUGAACGGCGGCAAGCAGUCCGACCACGAGCUGUUCGAAGAGGCCACACGUGCUGGCAGCCGCGCAUUCUUCUGGCAUGCGGUGCUGUCGCUCGUGACGUCGAUCGUGCUGCCGAUGGUGGUGCCCAAUCCGGUGCACGAGUCGCAGACGCAUCCCGUGUGGUUUGCCAACUCGGCACUCGUGCGCAGACUGCGCGGGAUGCGCGACCGCUGGCCCGAGCUGCCGUUCUGGUGGGUGUUUGCCAACUUUGUGUUUUUCAUCUCCAUGAUGGGCACCUACUUUGCCGGGCUCACGCAGAGCGUGUUUCUGGCGACGUGGGUGAUUGCGUCGGUGGGAUUCUGCUUUGCGUGCAGCAACUGGAUCCCCUACAGCCUGCUGGGUAUUCUUAUCCAGACGCAGCAUGCCAAGGAGGUGCCAGCCGGAGCAGGGAUUGGCGGGCUUGCGCUCAGCAGGCCGACGUCGUCCGUGCGUGCAUCGCGCGACGAGGCAGACGAGGUGACGAUGGCCUUGCUCGGAGACAGCUCGCGCGACGACGACCAGCAGCGCAGGUCCAUCAGUCGCACGCCUUCCUACGAUGCAUCCGGACAGAGCCGGUCGAGACCCGUCUCGCACGCCAGUCAGAAGUAUCCCCAGCACGCACACGGCGAUGCCGACUCGGACGACGACGAGCGUCUCGAAUCUACACUCUCCUUUGGCGGCGAAAGUGACCGUACAAACGGAGACAACAGCCCUCACGACCACGGCCGGGAUGCAGAUCUGGAGCAAGGAUCGACAUCAGCGUCGAGCACGUCUACACACGCAGGCACCGUGCUCGGGCUGCACAAUGUUGCGAUUGUGAUUCCGCAGUUCCUAGUCACUGCGCUGUCGUCGCUCAUCUUCGCCAUCAUGGAGCCGAAGAGUGGCUCGGGUGAUUCGCGCACCGGCGCUGACGGCUCGCCCGCCGACGCACCAGUCGGCCAGAGAAGCGACUCGCUCGGCAUCGUCUUCCGCCUGGGCGGCUGCUGUGCGCUCGUGGCCGGCAUCCUCGCGGUGCGUCUGGUACGCAGGUACGGCAAUGAACUUCGAGGCUGA